AUGAUGGUGGAAGAAGAGUUUGAAGUAGAAAGCGGAUUGCUGCGCCACCAGGCAAACGCACUCCCUAGCCCUCCAGCAGGAGAAACAGGAGACGCAGUAAGGAGUAAUCCUGCUCGACGACUAGCCGCACAAGCUCCAGAGGUUAAACAACACUUCGAAUCGGAAGCAGAUAGUAGUAGAAUGAGAAGGAGUGACCAAGAUGAAGAACAAGGGCAAGGAAACGCAGCGGCAGGAAACCAAGAAGAAGACUUGGCAGGAGUUUCCCAUGAAAAACGAACAAGGUCUACUCUAGAAACAAAUGAUGGACAGCAAGCUUCAAGAUGCUUCCCGCCGCGGAAUCAAAGGACUAACAAUUCUCCUGUGCCGCAUGGCAAGCAUGAACUUUGGGGGCACUCAAGGAACCCGCAAGAUGACGAAUCAUUACAUCUACCACUGCCGAACUGGUCUAACUCGCCUACAUACAAAGCAAUCAUCAAGGACAUCAAAUUCGAAAGACACGAUAUGUGUCACAACUCUCCUGCUGUAGCAGGUAGAGCGCCCCUUCUAGGUGACUUAAGACCAAGAAGUACAGCAGACGUACAGGAAUGGGCUGACCACAUGCCGCAUUCGCUUAAAGGAGAGCCCCUAGUUAGUCCGUACAACUUCAAAAUCAAGGAAGAGGAAGCAAAUCACGCACAAUACGGGGGUGGAUCGAAUGAAGAAAAGGGAACCGAGACAAAUAGCUUUCAAUUCAAAACCUAUCCCACGAUCAAACAAUGCAUGGAAGCGAACGAAGUGAAAGGGGCAUCGCUGAGGAGACUACGAGACGCAGAGGAUAGUAGUGAAGAAGCAUUCGAUUACGAACUCUACGAAUCAAUCCUUAAUCAGGAGCGAUGA